ACCAAAGUUUUCGCCCGCUAUAUAAGUGCAUAGCAUGUAAUUCUCUCUCUCUCUCUCUCUCUCAUGGUUGAUCACUUGCAAUUUACAAAGUGAACUCUCUUCUGUUAGUGACAGUGAAGAAACUCUCUGUUGAAGAAUUCACGCGCUCAGAUUUCGAUUUUUCUGAAUGUGGCACCUUCUCUUACUCGUUGCCGUGGCCGGAUCCACCGGUUUCGCCACCAAACGUUUCCUUACUCACCACAGAAACACCGGUGAGGGUGAAAACGUCAACCUCCACGAUCCAAAUGAGUUAGACUUUUCCGGUUCCGAAAGCAUUUCUCAGACACAUCACAGUGACGGGGUCUUCACGUUUUCUAGUUCCAAAUCUGAGUCUCUGACACAACGAGAUGGACCUAAGAGUAGAAGAUCCCGAGCCUCCAAGAACGGAGUUAGGGCUCCGAAGGUUGAGGCGCGAUCGGAGAAGAGGAGCGGUGGAACGAGAUUACACUUUCGCUUGAAGAAGGGGGAAAUUACAAAGAAUGUCGCUGCGAAGGCUCCGGUUCGUUCUUCCAAAGAUGACUGCUUAUUUGGUUGGGGAUUUUGCUUUGGCAUCAUGUAUAUGAUGUCAGCUGGAAAAGCUGAGAUCAAUAAGCUGAACAAGACCAUGGAUGAGACAGCUAAACUUGUUCAGGAACUGAAAUCUGAGCUCAACAGAAGAAAAUCAUCACAUGCUCUUCAAAUUUUGGAUUCUGUUGGCAAUGGUGUUAAGAACUCUUGCAAAAUCAGUGGCAGGAAUGAAGUGAUGCUCAAGAAUACAAACAUUGAGCUCAGAGACGUUGAUGUCAAAAUUUGUAGUCCUUGUGUAAAUGAUUGUGGUGAAUGUGGAAGCAGUGCUCUUACUGAAGAACCAGAACCACAGGUUCUGGAAAUGGAUCAACUGGAAGCAGAACUUGAGUUUGAACUCCAAAAGCUUUCUGGGUGUGCUACUGAUGGCCCUUGCUAUGAAAAAAUAAAGCCAAACUUAGAUGAGCUUGAAGCUCCCAAUGAAGGCUAUCAUGGAACAGAUGACUGGAAUUUAAAUUAUUCUAAUUCCCAUGGAGUAUCAGCAUCUGAACUGCAUCAGAAACUAAGCCACUUGCUGAUAAAACAGCAAGAAAAUCAGAUCGCGGAGCUAGAAUCUGAACUGCACCAAGCUCAAUCAAAUCUGCAUGAGAAGGAGGCUGAACUUCAGGCACUUAAGGACUGUGUCAAAUGCCUUACUGAACUCUCGCUAUCUACAGUUUCAGAUGAUGAAACUCAGGCUCUCACUGAUCCAAAGGGAACAAGCGAUUAUGGCAACAAAAACAUACACUCUCUGGCGAAACAUUCAAUUAUUGGGACGAAAAGACCUCUUGAUUCUGAAUCUUUCUCGUGUUACAUGUGAAACGACACUGAUCUCUGUGGGGAUACAACUAUACAAGGUAUAUAAAAUUUUUUGUCUGCACUCAGAUUAAAGUGUAAAUUAGAUGACAACUCCCUUCCAUAUUAGUAUAACCCAAUUAUUGUGCCUUAUGUGGUAGCAUAUGUAUAAAUUAUUUAGAUAGAUAUAAUUAUAAAAUUUAGCAACUCGGAUACCGAUAUGCUCCAUAACAUCCAAGUUUCCCGUAUUCAUUUGUAAUACAUGUAGCAAUAUAGCAUUGUAACUUGCAGAACAGGCCAUGUUACUAAUGUUAGUACUUUAGUAUCAACUGUGAACAUGCGAACUUUUUUAUUGUAUAUUAACAGAUCUGAUUAUUUGAUA